CCCCCCCUCCCCCUGUUCCGGCCGUGCCUUGGACUGGUGUGAUUGGAGGGAAACCCCGUGGACUGCAUUCACACAGACUGCCUGAGAGAAUCAGCUGUAUCGUGGCACGUCGAAAUCACUGCUAUCCGCCAGUACCCAGUGAGCAGUCAUGACCGAGCAAGCAUGCCCAAACCCACUGGUGCAAAAGGCCAAGCUGGCCGAGCAGGCUGAGCGCUAUGAUGACAUGGCUGCUACAAUGAAGGCUGUGACAGAGGAGAGCGAUAAGCUGUCAAACGAGGAGCGUAACCUGCUGUCAGUGGCCUACAAGAAUGUGGUGGGUGCCCGCCGCUCCUCGUGGCGUGUGGUGUCCAGCAUUGAACACAAGGCCGACGGCGAAAAGAGGAAGACCAUGGCCAAAGUGUACCGGGAAAAGAUUGAGAAAGAGCUGAAAGAUAUCUGCAAAGAUGUGCUGAGUCUCUUGGACGAUCAUCUCAUUUUGAAAGCCGAUCAACCAGAGAGCAAAGUCUUCUAUUUGAAAAUGAAAGGAGACUACUUCCGCUACUUGGCUGAGGUGGCUACAGACGAAGAGCGGACAGCUAUCAUGGAAAACUCAAAGCUGGCCUACCAAGGUGCCUUUGAUAUCAGCAAAGAGCAAAUGCAGCCCACGCACCCAAUCCGUCUCGGUCUUGCCCUCAACUUCUCAGUUUUCUACUAUGAGAUCCUCAACUCACCUGAGGAGGCCUGCACGCUGGCUAAAACUGCUUUCGAUGAUGCCAUUGCGGAGCUCGAUGCACUGAGUGAAGAUUCGUACAAAGACAGUACACUAAUCAUGCAGCUACUGAGAGACAACUUGACACUGUGGACCUCUGAUACCCAGGCUGAGCCAGAGGACGAUCCGGAGCAGAAAGAUUGAGCCCGACCCCCACAGUCAUCCCUGUCUACCUGCCAUCAUCCCGGUUCAUCUUCAACAUGAUCAUCAACACUGAGACCACCUUAUUAUUAUCAUCAUUGUCGUCCAAUUCUCUCCAUCAUUUUUCUAUUUAGUUCUCUCAACACUCACCUCAUUCCUAUCGGUUUACUAUUCCUUCUUUUGUAGUAACUGUGGGGAAAGGAGAUGGGGAGGGGAGGGUAAGUUUUAAAUUGCGUGGCAGGGGAGGGUCCAUGUGGAAGGGUAAAGUGUGUUUGGGGUUGGUUGCUUGUCUGCUGACCUUUCUUUUUGUGUGUGGGAGCAAUAGGGUUGUUGCAUUAUUGAGGUGGUGGGUGAGAGGGCAUGUUCUCAACUCAUGAAACAUGCAGCUGGUUGAGCUUUUAGAGUCCGAAAACAGUUAUACUGCGCGUGUAUCCUAUUCAUGUUAACAGUCCUGUUCUUGAUUAACACCAUCUUUGGAUGAUACAUCUGUGGUUUCCCAACAUGAGGCGUUGGCUCCUCACACCUUAGGAGACAGCAGCUGUUAGUCUGUACUUGGCAGGAGGAAUGACAGCAGAGGUAAAGACGGGAGAGUGCUGGAGACAAGAGGGCAAGGUUUUGUUGGAACACAACGGUUACAUUCCAUUUACUGUCAGUUGCUCAACUUUCUACUCUUUAUUAUUUUGUUUUCGGGUGACCUGCUUUUGUAUUUCUAUGUAUCAAUUACGAGGUAUAGAAAACUUUGAAGAACAAGAGCACACAAGCUUGUUGUUUUUAUGAGCACAACAGUUUAAAAAAAAUCCCACGUGCUUAUCUAGUUACUGCUUUUUCAAAUUUAAGAUUUUUAUUUGAUUUGUCUUUUAUUCUCCUUUUUUUUCUUUCAAUACUUGCCUAAACUGCAUGUUGGUAAGAAGUAGUUUGUGGAGAUGUAAGGAUGGUUGUUGUCGGGCGGGCUAGCUUUGUUCAUGUCUUUGGAAUUUUCAUACAGAACACCCAAGCAUAACUGUUAUUUGGGGAGAAAUGUGUAAUUUCAUGUAAGUGGAAUAAAAAAAAAUAAUUUAAAAGUUUAAA